AUGCACGUUCUUCAAGGUCCCGAUGGCAUGGAAGUCCACAUCAGUCCUCUGGGUGGCGUCAUACAGCGUCUAUACGUCCCGGAUGUGGAAGGAAAUCUGGAAGAUGUCGUUUUGGGCUUUGAUGACAUGGCCCCUUAUGCGGACGGGACCAGCCCUUAUUUUGGGGCUGUGGUGGGCCGGGUUGCGAACAGGAUAGCCAAGGGGAUCUUCAGCUUGGAGGGGCGGACGUACAAGCUUACAGUGAACAACGGGCCAAAUGCACUUCAUGGCGGCAAGCGUGGGUUUGACAAAGUGAUCUGGCAGGGCGCCCGCAUCUCCCAUCCAGAGGGUGACGCCCUGCGGCUGACGUACACCAGCAGGGACGGCGAGGAGGGGUAUCCCGGGACGCUGAUCGCCACGCUCACCUACAUUAUGACACGAGAAGGCAUGCUGAAGGUCAUCUUUGAGGCCACGGCAGACAAGCAGACGCCCGUGAACAUCGUGCAGCACUCCUACUUCAACCUUGCCGGCCAUGCCAGCGGCUCUGCCCUCGAUCAUACCCUGUACAUAAAUGGGGACCACUACACACCGCUGGAUGAGACCGCCAUUCCCACCGGCGAGAUUGCCCCUGUGGCUGGCACACCCUUCGACUUCUCGGAUGAGCACAGCAUUGGGGAGAGCAUCGGCCAGGUCUCUGGUGGCUACGACCACAACUACGUGCUCUUUGGCAUGGGUCGGCAAGCAAAGUUCAUUGUGAAGAACGGAGCAGCCAGCAACAAGCCCAAGCUGGCGGCCAAGCUGACAGACCCAAAGUCGCGGCGCUGCCUGAAGGUGCUCACGACCGCGCCAGGCAUGCAGUUCUACUCGGGCAAUUUCCUGGAGGGAAUCCGCGGCAAGGACGGCGCAGUCUACAACAAGCACGCAGGUGUCUGCCUGGAGACGCAGGGCUUCCCCAAUGCUGUCAACGAGCACGCCUUCCCCUCAGUCAUCCUGGGGCCCGGCGAGAAGUAUCGCCAUGAGGUCGACUAUCAGUUCUCAAAUGCUUGA